GCCAGGUGGUUCAUGUACGUGCUGAGCUGGCUGUCGCUCUUCAUCCAGGUGGCCUUCAUCACGCUGGCCGUCGCCGCCGGCCUCUAUUACCUGGCGGAGCUGAUAGAAGAGUACACCGUGGCCACCAGCAGGAUCAUCAAGUACAUGAUCUGGUUCUCCACGGCUGUGCUGAUUGGCCUCUACGUCUUUGAGCGCUUCCCCACCAGCAUGAUUGGCGUGGGCCUCUUCACCAACCUCGUCUACUUUGGCCUCCUCCAGACCUUCCCUUUCAUCAUGCUGACCUCACCUAACUUCAUCCUGUCGUGUGGACUAGUGGUGGUGAACCAUUACCUCGCGUUUCAGUUUUUUGCGGAAGAAUAUUACCCUUUCUCAGAGGUCCUGGCCUAUUUCACUUUCUGCCUGUGGAUAAUCCCAUUUGCAUUCUUUGUGUCACUUUCGGCUGGGGAGAACAUCCUGCCCUCCACCAUGCAGCCAGGAGAUGACGUGGUCUCCAAUUACUUCACCAAGGGCAAGCGGGGCAAACGCUUAGGGAUCCUGGUCGUCUUCUCCUUCAUCAAAGAGGCCAUUCUGCCCAGUCGUCAGAAGAUAUACUGACCCUCUGGGGCAGCUAUAUGGGGGCAAGAUCUGGGGAAGCAGGCCCCCAGGCCUCAGUGCUAGGUGGGGGCCGAAAGCCGGAAGGCACCUUCCACCAGCCCUGGCUUUCCUCUCCUCGGUUCUGAAACCCCACUCCCACCCUCCUGGGGGGCUCAUUUUGGCUCAGAUUCGAUGCUGCCAGAGGCUGAAACCUCAGAGGGCACCAGGGAGGGUGGCAGAGCCUACUUAGCAAUGAAGCUGAGGGCCCCAGCCCUUCCCGGUCCAAGGUGGGCUGGGAGGUUCUGGCUCAGCUCAGGCAGGCAGGGCAUGGUCAGUGAAACUGGAGAGCAGAUGGCGACAAGUUCUCCGGGCAGAAGGCCACAGCUUGGACUUCCGAGAGAAAUAGUUUUGCUGUCGAACUGUGAUUUCUGUCCAAGUGCUGAUUCCCGUUUGAAUAAAGAUUCUAGGUGGCACUAUUUGCCUUAAUACCC